AUGAAGGCAGUUUUUGGUUUAUUUUUAUUGGUCGCAGCAUCUUCGGCUUAUGUCAUAGGAGAUGUUCCUCUCCUUGGCAACAGCCUGGAUGAUCUCGUGGUGGAAGCGCUCGAGUACGUGAGGUCUUUAUUGAAGAAACAUGACCCUUUUGUUCUUCCUCCGAUGCCAGACCAACGUCUCGUUGACACCGAUAUUGACUUUACCAUUGCUACACACGAUGUUAAAGUUUCAAAUGCUGGUGACUUCACAAUCGACAAGAUACAUAACAAUCUUCCACUGCUGCAGGCUUCUUUUGCCGUGAGUGUUCCAACUGCACACAUUGCAGGAAAUUACAAAAUCUCUGGAACAGCUUUCCAGAAGAAAGUUCAAGGAGAAGGAACAUUCGUAUUGGAUGUUACUAAACUGGUUGAAAGCGGUGAAAUCCAGUUCGGAAUUGUUGAUCACUCACUUCAAGUAACUACUUUAAAAUUGGACUACUCCAUUGAAGGAAUCCAUACAACCAUCACCGGACUGACCGUUGAAGGUUUGACCCAAGAACAGGUCGAGGAUAUGCUCAACAAACAGUUCCUCACUUACCUCAACAACAACAAACCCUUCGUCACCGAGAAGGUUGGAAACCACGUCAAGGAAAUUGCCAACGUCCUCACCAAAGGAAAAAGCCUCAAAGAAAUCAUCGACUGGCUCAAACAGUUGGUCUCCUCAACCCCAGACCCACCACCAUUCACCUUUCCACCAGGAUUGUAAAAUAUAAUUUUAAGAUUGUUUUAAGUGAAUAAAGUCUUGUGAUACUGCC